AUGGUUUCGAUAGGCAUUAAAGCUGUAUUUUCUGGGCACUACCAUAGGAAUGCUGGAGGGUUCUACAGAGGACUGGAAAUGGUGGUAUCAUCAGCAAUAGGGUGUCAGCUGGGAGAAGAUACACAUGGGCUUCGAGUGGUUGUUGUCACAGAUGAAAAGAUUGUUCAUAAAUACUACAGUUUAAAUGAACUGAGCAGCCAAGGCAUAGAGAAAGAGCUGCUAGAGAUGCUUGCUAAACAAAAUUAG